AUGUCGUUCUCGUUCGCGUUUGACAUCGACGCCGCACAACUCGACGACGAGCUCGCCAUCUCCACCGCCUCGCUCGACCACCUCCAGCUCGCCGACGACAAGCACCCUGCAGCCUCGACCAGCGCCAUACCGCACCACCAAGUGCCUCUUGAUGACCUCCUCGCAACCCUCCCUCCACUCUUGUCGUACACGCCCGUCACCGUCCCGCUCAGCCCUCUGCCGCCGACCAAGACCCCGCGCCAUGCGACCCUCCUCCGCCGCGACCUGUUCGACGCCCGCUUCCAGAUCCUCAACCAGGACGAGUGCGCCCCCGACGAGCCGCACGACCCCAAGGGCAAGACCAAGGACGACACGUUCGUCGACGAGCACACCGACCUCGUCAAGGGCGUGUACGAGGGCGGUCUCAAGACGUGGGAGUGCAGCCUCGACCUCGUCGACCUGCUCGACCAGCGAGCCUUCUCGCCCGACGCCAACCUCGACACCGAGCGCGUGCGCGGCAAGAGCAUCCUCGAGGUCGGUUGCGGCACCGCCGUCCCGUCAUGCUCCCUCUUUGCGCGCCUCCUGAACGAGAUCCGCCUGUCGCCGACCGAGGAGGGCGCCGACAAGCCGCGCAAGACUCGGUUACACCUGCAGGACUACAACAAGCAGGUCCUCUCCCUCAUCACCCUGCCCAACCUCCUCCUCACGUACGCCCAGCACCUCGCGACGCCCGCUCGUGCGCCCGAGGCCGACGAGGAGCCGCCCGCCGACCCGCAGCCGGGCGAGCUCGACGUCACGCCCGAGUUCCUCGCGUCGUUCGAGGCGCUCCUCGAGCGCGAGAACGUCGAGUUGCGCUUCUCCGAGGGCGACUGGGCGGGCAUGGCGACCGCCCUGCGCGCCGACGACGACGAGCGGUACGACGUCGUGUUGACGAGCGAGACGGUGUACGCCGUCGAGUCGCUCCCGGCCCUGCUCGACCUCCUCGAGGCGGCGACGGCGCGCGGCACCGACGACGACGCGCUGUGCCUCGUCGCGUGCAAGCGCAUCUACUUUGGCGUCGGUGGCGGCGAGCUCGAGUUCCGGCGCCGGGUCGAGGAGCGAGGCGCAGAGGUCGAGGCCGUGUGGGGUGCGGGCGAGGGCAGGGGCAAGAGCAGUGGCGUCGGGAGGACGGUCAUGAGGGUGAGGUGGAAGGGCGAGUGAGAGCGAGGCGUAGUCGACGAGGGAGAGGGAUCAAGGGUGGGUGAACAGGACGAGGUGCUCGUCGAACGCGGCGAGGACGAG